CUUACUCACGCUGUGGAUUGUUGCUGUGCAUGCAAGGGGUGAAACAGAAGUAUAUAAUUCAAGUUAACUGUAUUUGUUUAUUUUAACUUUUAACAACACGUUUAAUCGGCAUAAAAUACCAUCAGUUGUCAGCUGUUCAUCGUUUUGUUCACGUCGACAGCCGUCCGUUAGCAAAGCAUGCUAAAUAGCUGCUAACUCUGGUAACCCCAAUAACAGCAGAGGGAGGAUUGGUGAGGGUGUGAUGGAAAAAGCAGCACAAGAAACCCUUACAAAGGGUAAAGAUGGAGCUGUAAAGGGUGAAUCAUCCAUCAAACCAGAAUUCCUAACAAGCAAAGACAAAUUUCAUGAGUUUAUAGACUCCGAGUGGCAGGGCCCAAAAGGAGGAAAGGUCUGUGAAAAUGAGACAGCUCAGGAGUCCAAGGAGACAUCUGUGGAGGAACCGGCAACUAAAAAGCUCAAGCUGGAGCCUGAGGAUAAGAAUAAGACGGACAAACCAGACGGUAAACGACUUCGGGGGCAGAAUAAGUCAAGGCCACAUGUAAAGCCAACCACUUACGAUGAAAAACGACUGUGUCUUUCAAUUAUUAAGGAUAAUAAGGUGUGCCCCUUUGGAGACAAAUGCCACUUUUACCAUGACGUAGGCGCAUACAUGGCCAACAAGCCCGCCGACAUUGGGGAAAGCUGCUACCUCUACGACACUUUUGGGCAUUGUGCGUACGGUCUAUCCUGCCGCUUUGCCAAGGCACACACUACACCUGACUUCAAAACCAUGGAGAAAGCAGAUCUAGUUAAGGCCUACGAGGGCAGGACUGUGGUGAAGAACAGCCUGAGUAAAGACCUCCAGAAUUGUCUGAGGAAACGUGCAGUGGAUUUCAAGAAGUCAGCCGAGUACCUCAAAAUACUUUCAAACAACAAAGAAAAGCAACAAAGAGAGCAGCAAGGGAAUGGUAAAGCUCAUGCAGCUGAAGUAUGUCCAGACCCAGCAGGAGAGGCAAAGUGUGCAUCUACUGAAGCAGAAACGCAGGCCAGCCCGGAAAAACCGGCUGCAGUGAAGACUAUUGGCCCAUUAACAGAUACAGAUGUCAUCAAGCUGCGUGCAUGUGAAAAGAAACAGGUGGACUUUAAAGACAAGCUCUACCUCGCUCCUCUAACAACUUGUGGAAAUCUGCCUUACCGACGUGUGUGCAAGCGCUUCGGGGCAGACAUCACCUGCGGGGAAAUGGCCAUGUGCACAAACCUGCUGCAGGGGCAGCAGUCAGAAUGGGCCCUUCUGAAGAGGCACGAAAGUGAAGAUCUUUUUGGCGUCCAGGUAGAGGGCUGCUUCCCCGACACCAUGACGAGGUGUGCAGAGCUCAUCAACAAUAACUGUGAUGUUGACUUUGUGGACAUCAACUCAGGAUGCCCCAUCGACCUCGUCUACAAGAAGGGUGGAGGCUGUGGCUUGAUGACACGCACACGAAAGUUUGAACAGAUAGUCAAGGGAAUGAACUAUGUCCUUGAUGUUCCUUUAACAGUCAAGAUUCGCACUGGUGUUCAGGAGAAGUGCAGCGUAGCACACAAACUCAUCCCAGAGAUGAAGCAGUGGGGCGUCUCUAUGAUCACACUGCAUGGGCGAUCCAGGGAGCAACGCUACACUAAGUUAGCUGACUGGGACUAUAUCUCCACCUGCUCCAAGCUGGCUAGCCCUGUCCCACUUUUUGGUAAUGGAGACAUUCUGUCCUAUGAAGAUGCCAUGAAAGCCAGAGAGACUGGAGUUUCUGGUAUUAUGAUUGCAAGGGGUGCCCUCAUUAAGCCCUGGAUCUUCACUGAAAUAAAGGAGAACAGGCACUGGGACAUCUCGUCCAGUGAGCGACUGGACGUCCUCAGGGAUUUCACCAAUUUUGGCCUGGAGCACUGGGGCUCCGACACCCGCGGUGUGGAGAAGACCCGCACUUUCAUGCUUGAGUGGCUCUCCUUUAUGUGCAGAUAUAUUCCAGUGGGCCUGCUGGAGCGAGUUCCUCAGAAGAUCAAUGAGAGACCUCCAUACUACAUGGGCAGGAACUACCUGGAGUCACUGAUGGCCAGUCAAAAUGUUGGGGACUGGGUCAGGAUUAGUGAAAUGCUGCUUGGACCAGUACCGAAGAAUUUCAUCUUUUUGCCCAAACAUAAAGCCAACGCCUACAAGUGAUUUUUCUCUUUGAGUACUAUAAAUAUAUCAAGGAUUUUUGUUUUGUUUUGUUUUUGAUCUGGAGAAGAAAGUGUAUAGAAAUCAAAUGUAUGGUGUUUUGAGUAAUGAAGACUAUUGAGUAGUCUGCUUAUUGGCAGUAGUAUACGUACAUAAAUGUUUGUAUACUUAAUAUAUACAAUAAAGUCUUUUG